AUGGUACCACGGACUGAGAAGAGCUCCCUUAAGCGCAGGGGUGCCGCAGAGUACGACGCACAAGAUCAAAAGAAGCCCCGACGGUCUGGGAGGAUCAGUUCACAGCAGUCACAAACUCCUGUUAUACAGUCAUACCUACCUACCCCCCUAACGCAUCAUGAUUCAACUGCUACAGAUCUUCGAAAGGAGAUAACCGCUACUCCGCCAAGCCAAGCUCGUCUGCGCUCUCCGCCCAAUCUAGACGCCUGCCAGCCACUUUCAUCUCCUCCCGGUGAUACACAAGCAUUCUCACAAUUUGUGUAUCCUCCUCGAGCGUUUGCCGAUGAGGUCGAAGAUGAGGCUGCAGAAGGGGUCUGGGGUUACUUGAUCCCUCUAGACGAUAAGGUCAAAGAUGCCCUUGUGCUUCGAAAACGUGAUAGCUGUGACGAUGACACAACUUCGAGUUCUAAGCCGAUCCCCAAAAAAGGAGUCGCGAGCCAAGCCAAAAAUUUCUCUUUAAAACAGCAGCCUAGCCGGCGCCCUGGGGGUUAUCUUGUCGGACGACACCCAGAAUGCGACCUGGCUCUCAAUAUACCCACGGUGUCUAACCGUCAUUUCCUGGUGUUCCCAGAAAAUAGAAGAGGCGACUCGGUGGCGAUACUAGAAGAUCUAUCUAGUAACGGCACAUUUAUCAAUGAUGCGAUUGUUGGACGAAACAAACAUCGUGAACUAGAAGAUGGCGACGAGGUAACUAUAUUAGACGAAGUCCGGUUUGUAUUUAGAUAUCCUCGAACAAAAAACAUCAAUGGCUUCCGACAGCAGUAUCGUGUCUUGCAGCAGCUGGGGAAAGGUCAUUUUGCAACCGUCUAUCUCUGCGUGGAACGCGCAACGGGAACGCAGUACGCGGUGAAGAUGUUCGAGAAACGAUCUGGUGAUUCGCAGAAGUCCCAGAAUGAGUCUCUAAUGCAAGAAAUCGGCCUCUUGAUGAGCGUUAGUCAUCGCAAUUUGCUUUGUCUUAAAGACACCUUUGAUGAAAGUGACGGGGUUUAUCUUGUAUUGGAGCUUGCUCCGCAAGGUGAACUUUUCAACAUGAUCAUAAGUAAACAAAAGUUUACAGAAAAUGAGACUCGCCAUAUCUUCCUUCAGCUCUUUGAAGGUUUGAAGUAUCUGCAUGAUCGUGGAAUUGUGCAUCGAGACAUCAAGCCAGAGAACAUACUCGUUGCGGAUGACAAGCUGAGCGUAAAGCUAGGUGACUUUGGCCUGGCUAAGAUAAUUGGUGAAGACUCAUUCACAACCACACUUUGUGGCACGCCAAGCUAUGUUGCUCCCGAGAUACUUCAAGAAACUCGCCGCCGCAAAUACACGAAAGCUGUUGAUAUCUGGUCACUCGGCGUUGUCCUUUACAUAUGCCUCUGUGGCUUCCCGCCAUUUUCUGACGAACUUUAUACACCGGAGAACCCUUACACUUUGGCACAGCAGAUUAAGCUAGGCCGUUUUGAUUACCCGUCUCCUUAUUGGGACUCUGUUGGCGACCCGGCCCUAGAUCUCAUAGACAGGAUGCUUACAGUUGAUGUUGAUAAAAGAAUCACUGUCGAUGAAUGCCUUGAACACCCGUGGCUCACGGGUAAAUAUCCAAGUGUGGCUGAUAGUACAGAUGGCCUCACCGGUGCCUUGGGGAAAUUAGAUUUCUCCAAAAGGAAGAUUGCACGGGAACGGACGCUUCUCAGCAGCAUUAAUGACGUUCAGUUUAGCCAGCAAAAGCCGGGAGGGGGGGCUCCGGUAAAGGUGUAUCAUAAAAACACUCCUGGUCAGCGCAUGCACAAUCAGAGGGCCUCGAGGCAGCAUGAAGAAUCCCCCAAUCAGAAUAGUGGUCCCAAGGAUUUUGUCAACCUCGGGGAACACGGCGAUCCAGUUUUAUUUGAAGAAGACCCGACUAGCCGUUUCGCCUGUCUUCUCCCUUCUCCUGGUUAUUCCCAUUCGGCCGUCAUGGGUCUCGUCGCCCUUGUCCUCGAAAACGUUUGCCAACGUUGCUCGAAUCUGUCGGUGUGGGCACUCGCUGGCUUGGGAUUGCUUGCCUUUCUUGUUGUCGCCGUCGUUCUGAACGUGUUGCGACAAAUUCUCUUCAAAAACCCCAAUGAACCUCCGGUCGUAUUCCACUGGUUCCCCUUCGUGGGAAGCACCAUCAGCUACGGAAUUGAUCCCUACAAAUUCUUUUUUGACGCGCGCGCAAAGUACGGAGAUAUCUUCACCUUCAUCCUCUUGGGAAAGAAAACCACUGUUUACCUCGGCACCAAGGGUAACGAGUUCAUUCUGAAUGGAAAACUCAAAGAUGUGUGUGCCGAGGAGGUCUACUCUCCUCUCACAACCCCUGUCUUCGGGCGUCACGUCGUAUACGACUGCCCCAAUGCGAAGCUAAUGGAGCAGAAGAAGUUCGUGAAAUAUGGCCUUACUUCCGACGCGCUACGCUCCUACGUACAGCUGAUCACUGCUGAGGUGGACGAUUUUGCGCAGAAAUCUUCGGUUUUUCAGAACACCGAAGGCAUCUUUGACGUGUCUAAAACGGUUGCCGAGAUUACAAUCUAUACCGCGUCACGCUCUCUCCAAGGAAAAGAAGUUCGCGACAGAUUUGACUCCACUUUUGCAGAGUUAUAUCAUGAUCUUGACAUGGGUUUUGCUCCAAUUAACUUCAUGCUUCCUUAUGCCCCCCUUCCGCACAACCGGAAGCGUGAUGCUGCACAGAGAAAGAUGGCCGAGACGUACACAGAUAUUAUCAAAGCGCGUCGCAAAUCCGGUGACAAAAAGGAUUCCGAAGACAUGGUCUGGAAUCUGAUGUCUUGUGUUUACAAGAAUGGCACCCCAUUGCCCGAUCAAGAAAUUGCCCACAUGAUGAUCGCGCUCCUAAUGGCUGGUCAACACUCCUCGUCCUCAACGCUUUCGUGGAUCCUUUUGCAUCUCGCGAGGCACCCCGAAAUUGUGGAAGAGCUCUAUGAGGAGCAAGUCCGGGUCCUAGGGUCGGAUAUGCGCCUGACAUUUGAUGACCUACAGAAACUGGAGCUUCAUUCCAAGAUCAUCAAAGAGACCCUGCGCAUUCAUGCACCUAUCCACUCGAUUAUCAGGGCAGUCAAAAGCCCAAUGCCUGUACCUGGGACAAAAUACGUUAUUCCAACUUCCCAUAAUGUCCUUUCGUCGCCUGGUGUUAGCGCUAGGUCCGAGGAGUUUUUCCCAGACCCCCUAAAAUGGAAUCCCCACCGUUGGGACGAAAAUCCAAUAGCCAACUCUACAGAAGACGAGGAGAAGAUCGACUACGGGUACGGCCUUGUCAGCAAGGGAACUAAUAGUCCAUAUCUUCCUUUUGGUGCUGGACGACACAGGUGUAUCGGUGAGCAGUUUGCCUACGUCCAGCUCAUCACGAUCACUGCGGCUCUUGUGAGGCAAUUCAAGUUUGACACCGCAUCCGAGUCGGAAAGACAAUCUAUCCCGGAGACAGAUUAUUCGUCCCUUUUCUCAAGACCUGCUGGUCAAUCGUUCGUGCAAUACAAGAAGCGUCAACGCGACGCCAAGGAAUAG